GAUCUGUUCACCAACCAGGCUGUGACAUCAUCUCUAAUACACACCCACACACACACACACACACACCUACACACUGUCAGUGUGAGAGGAUCAUGUUUUCACUCGGCUGAUAUUUGGCAUUGCAUCAGAAAUGAAGAACGAGGAAGGAGGCAGAGGAGGAAGAUCAGAAAGGGGCUGAGAGGGAGAGACAACAGCAGAUAAACAGAUACACAGAUUAAGGAGCAGAUUAAUAAUCACAUAAUCAGGUCUAUUAGGAAUUUUCAGGAGAAAGCGAUGGAGUCUGAAGACAAUCAGCUGAGCGCGUAUCUGCUGCUGCUGCUCAUCACCAUGGUUGGUCCUUCACCACCUGAGGAAGGCUGGCAGGUGUACAGCUCUGCUCAGGACUCUGACGGUCGAUGUGUUUGUACAGUGGUUGCCCCUCAGCAGACCAUCUGCUCCAGGGAUGCUCGGACCAAACAGCUGCGACAGCUGCUAGAAAAGGUGCAGAACAUGAGCCAGUCCAUCGAGGUUCUGGACCAGCGGACUCAGAGAGAUCUGCAGUUUGUCGAGAAAAUGGAGGUUCAGCUAAAAGGUCUGGAAAACAAAUUCAAACAAGUGGAGGAUGGACAUGAGAGCAGUAUUGCGAGGCAGUUCAAGUCCAUCAAAGCCAAGAUGGAGGAGUUACGCCCACUCAUUCCAGUUCUGGAGGCCUACAAGGCAGAUGCUAUACUGGUUCGACAGUUUAAAGAGGAGGCAGCCAAUGUGACCGAGCUACUGGGAUCCCUACAGGAACAACUGGGAAGUCUUGACUACCAGGAGCUGCACGGCCGGGUGAUGAACCUGGAGGAUCGCCUGAGAGCCUGCAUGCAGAGGCUUGCUUGUGGGAAGCUGACUGGAAUCUCUGAGCCAAUCACCAUCAAGACCUCUGGAUCCAGAUUUGGUUCCUGGAUGACUGACCCGCUGGCUCCAGCUGGAGACAACAGAGUGUGGUACAUGGAUGGCUACCAUAACAACCGUUUUGUCAGAGAGUAUCAGUCGACGUACGACUUCAUGACCACAGAUAACUUCACCUCCCACCGUCUGCCUCACCCCUGGUCUGGUACUGGUCAGGUGGUUUAUAAUGGAUCCAUUUACUACAACAAAUUCCAGAGUCACACCAUCAUCAAGUUCGACUUCAGCACGUCGCUCAUCAGCCGCUCCAGACAACUUGACUUUGCUGGUUACAACAAUAUGUAUCAUUACUCCUGGGGGGGGCACUCUGACAUCGACCUGAUGGUGGACGAAGGUGGGCUUUGGGCCGUCUAUGCUACCAAUCAAAAUGCUGGAAACAUUGUCCUAAGCCAGUUAAACCCAAACACUCUGCAGAUCAUCCGCAGCUGGACCACCAACCACCCGAAACGAAGCGCCGGCGAGGCCUUCAUGAUCUGUGGGACCUUGUAUGUCACCAAUGGCUACUCAGGUGGAACCAAAGUGUACUACGCCUACUCCACCAACUCCUCCACCUAUGAAUACAUUGAUAUUCCGCUCACCAAUAAAUACAGUCACCUGUCCAUGCUGGACUAUAACCCUAGAGACAGAGCGCUCUAUGCCUGGAACAACGGCCACCAGGUCCUCUAUAAUGUCACACUUUAUCACAUAAUCCAGUAACACUAAUCAAUCAGUGUAAGUACCCAGAAGGUAUUUAAUGUGCUACAACUCCCUUCUAGUACUGUCACAUCGUACACUAAUUUAAAUUAUGUGCAAGUACUGUCUUACAUUCUCCUUUUGCAGAGAAAAAAUGUAUCAGGUUAAUUUGUGUUUCCAGGACAGAGAGGGCCAAAUAAGCUCUUUAGCUGAAACUGUUAGUAACACAUCUGAAGAAAUUCUACCUUCAGUUCAAGGCUGGGUGUAUGGACUAGUGUAUGGUGGUGUUAAAAAAUUCCCUUUUACCAAAAUCGCGAUUUUUUUUCGCAAGUUGAGUAACGGCUCGGACUCCGUCAACACUGCAAUGUAGCAGCACAAUUUUCCCCAAAACUCUUCAUGAAGCAGGUGCAGUUUAUUUAGUCACUAGUCACAAAUGGUUGGCUAAGUGAUGUCAGAUCUUGUACACAGCUGAAUUUUUUCAGCCUCUUUAAUUAAUUAGUGUGUGAAGUGUGUUUGACUCUAUGAGCGGACACACACUUGUUACAACCACAGCAUCAUAAAUGAUAAGAAAAUGUCCUGGACCAGGGAUGGACAACUCCAGUCCUAGAAGGCCACCAUCCAGCAUGUUUUAGAUGUUUUCCUGUCUCAUCACACCCUGAUACAAGUGGCAGUGUCAUUAACAGAGUGGCGCAACGUUGAUGAUAGGUUGCUGAUAACCAUUCAUUUUAAUCAGGAAGCAGGCAAACAUCUAAAACAUCAACAACAGACAUCAAGGACCAGAAUUGUUAUCAAUUUGCUCGACACAUGGCACAAAUGCUGUGACUUUUGCAUUGAUAAAAAGUAUUGGAUCUUGUUUCAGAAAGGCUGACUUCAUCCAGACUCAGUUCUUCUGUAUUAAAUUUUAUAGAGAAGAAUGUACUUCACUUAUUCCAAAAGUCACAGUCAUCUUUUGUUAAUCAUGUUUUGUGUAAGACAAAAAACAAAACAUUGUGUCCACUCAACUGAUCCAGCCCCUUUUCCAACAACUGUGCUCUCCUUAACACACAGCAACAUGUGAUCUUUGAUUGGACAUUCCUGAUUACUGUAAAGUUCAAAGCAUCAUUGACCUCCUAGCAGAUGGCCAUGUGCAUGCUGGACUGCAUCUGACAUCCUCAUGUUGGGAUGGUUUGAUGAGCACAGUAGGACAGGGGGCCGUACCCCUAGGCGUUGAUCUCAGCUCCUGUUCCAGUUGGCCUGGCUGACAUUUCAGUCACUGAUCAGCUUGUUUACUGAACAAGAUUCAGAAUCAAGUUGAGCUACCCGACCAGAAACUACUGAUUCUUUGUUUUGCAGGUGGAGGUAGCUAACAGAGCCAGUGUGAUUCAAGUUAAAGAGCUGUCAGACCCCUCUCUGUACUGGAACAUGCUCCAAGAGCUGGACUGUUAACUUACAUCCCAUCUGACUGGUUUUAUUGGAUGACUGUUGUGUCGUACUUUAGCUUGAGUCGUACAGAAUGUGGAAUGUGAGCGAAAAAGCACCGCUGAGCCAGCCACUGCCGUUCACCGGGCACUGCCAUUGGUUCACCGGUCGCAUUAACGAGCCACGUCUACCGGCCGCGUUCACCACCAUUCUCAUUAGCUCAGAAGCGUUCCAGAAGCAACACCCCACUCUGCUUCACGGCAAAUGCUUCAAAUCUCUUUUGACACUCAACUGCUGCUAGAUGGCAAUAAUUUCUGCAAAGCAGAUGGAGCUAAAAGUAAAUCAGUCAUUAAAACAGUAGCCUAAGUACCCUAACCCCAUAAAAAUGUGGUAGAUUUUCAAAAUAAGACACUUUGAGUGGGUGCCAACAUAAACAUGUGUAUGGACAUUACAUUCACCUGUGGAGGCUUUGGAUAAACAAUUUUACUUCAGAUACUGAGUUUAGAAGUCAAAGUCUCAUUUCGUUUAGUCUGCUCAGGCUUUUUACUUGUUAAAUUAUUGAAUGAAACAGACAUGGAAAUGUGUUUAAAUGAGUAGGCAGCUGUGCAAUUAUCACAUGAUAUCAAAACCUUCAGGCAAUCUCAUGAAACCGGCCAACAAGGCAGUGCUUGGAAAUGCUCCUUGUGGGAUUUUAGUUGUGAAACUAGACCACGCACUUUCCGCUCCCUGUGCGAUCCCGGCUUUAGACCACUUUUUAUUUUUAUGUAAAAUAAUGAAAUGUUUAACACAAAUGCAUGUGAAAGCUAAACAUGUUAAAAUUUCUCACAGUAAUAACAGACAAAAUGUCUGAAUGAUGGUCGACACUGUAGAAUGCUGUACUUUUUAUGACUUGAUGGUUUUUCAAUGUGGAUGAUUUUUAAUUCCUAUAUAAAGCAAACUUAAUGCUCACAUGUGGAUAAAAUAAUCAUGUAUUUUCUUAGUGUUACCUAUCGAAGCAAUAUAAGUGUUUGUCUCUUUUCAGUAGUCAGGUUUAAAAUGCGUGUUGAUAGCAGGAGCUAGAAUCCUAGCUAGAAUGUGGUGUUAACACAGGUUAAUGUGUGGGAUGUUCAGUUUACUGAGCUUCUGCAUCAUUAACAUACAAGAUCUUUGGAGCAUCGGUUACCUUGUGCUCAUGCUCUAUGCUCGCACCAACAUGUGAGAACAGUAAUGUUUGACAGCCUUUUAGACUGCUCUUAUGUUCAGGAGUCUUUAAAAGUUCCCAUACUCUGCUUUUCCUGACUUUCAAAUCAUUCAAAAUUGUCUUAAACUCUCAUAUGUACAGUUUUCAGGCCCGACAGUCAAUUUUAAGAGGUACACAAUUGAUUAAGCAGUAAACAUUUUUUUUUUCCUUUCACAAACAUUAAUUUUGUUUGCAGAAUGGACCUCUAAACUCAAAUCACAGAUUGAUCCAUCUGUCCCACCUCCUCUUAGAUUAAAUUUAGUUCAAAACAAACAUCCUCCAGUUGUCCCUAUCACUGUAGCAACAUUACUGGCAGUAAAAUGCCUGAUUGGUUUAGGAAGAGGACCAACAGCAGAGUGAGUGGGGGAGGACUAAAAGCUCCUACACUGCACAAUUUUUGCAGUCUUUUAAGUUCAUAACAUUUGUAAGACUUGGAUCGGCUUCAUCUUGCUCAGAUGUCCAGAACGGUGGGAUCAGACUGUACGAUGAUUUCUUCUUGUGCCAAGUUACUACCUGAUGUGGUGGGAUGUAGUUGUGUCAUCAGCGUUCUGAGCAGGAACGUAAAAGUUACAAUGAACCACUCUGCAGUAGCUUUAGUGUGUCAAAAGUGGUUUCAAAAUAAUCAGCGAAGGAAACUUUUUACCAGUCGUGAUUCAGGGCAAGAAACCAACUUUAGAUGUCCCUGUCAUGUGACCCAGACGACAGAUUAUGUCAUUACGAACAUUAUGUGUGUGUGAGUGAAAUAGGAAGAAAAAGAGACAUUGAUCCAGGCAUAAUUAAACUGCAGAGCUGAGCAGUCUAAUAGUGGGAUUAAAGAUCUGAGGAAGCUCUGUUCUACACUGAAGGUGGAUCAGUCUGGGCUGGGAGAGCUGCUCAAAGCCUCCACCGCCAGAUGCAGUGGCUCAUAGGGUUUGUCCAUGAUGUGUAAGAUAACUUUAUUUUCUUCAUAGUGUUGACUUCUGCUUCUGCAACUCCACCAAAUUUGAUUCUUUCUCAUUGUCUCAUGAGGCUUAGUUUCUUUAUGUCACCUUUUUUAAAGAAUGGUGAUGGGUCCCAUAAAUGUCAUUUCAAGUUGCAUUUUAAGUGGCUAGUCAGUAGAUGGAGUUGAAGGUUUUCAGACUCAGUCUUUGGUUUGAAAGUAAGUAAAGCCUUUAUUGUCAUUGUACAUCAAGUAUACAAUGAGAUUGGGAAUGCUCUCCAUUUGGUGCAUUGGCAUAAGAUAAUUUUUUUUAAAGUAAAAAAAAAAAUUGAAUAGCAGGAUAAAAAACAACAUACAAUUUAAAUAAGGUAAAAAGAGCAUAUACAAUUUGUGUGGGGAAUAUUGCGCAUGGUUUCUCAGGAUAUGCAAAUGAAUAAAUUGAUUUGUCAUAAAGUGACCCAUUCAAUUGCUCGAAGAAGGUAACAAUUAAAAAAUGUUCAAAUUUCUUAUUCAAUGCAUUUUGUAUUCAGAGCAUUGAUUGCGAUGGGAAAGAAACUAUACCUGAGUAUUUUUUUUUUUGGUCUUGUGGUACCAGUAGCAUCGACCAGAGGGCAACAGAUUGAACUGUUGUGACAGGGGUAGAAUGGCUCUCUGACAAAUGUCAUCAUCCAGGCAGGGGAGAGAGCAGCCAGUGUUCUUUUGGACGGUGUUGAUCACUCUCUGCAGCGCUCUCCUGUUCGCUGCAGUGCAUCCAGCAUACCGCGCUGUUAUGCAGUACCCCAGGAUGGUCUCUGUGGUGGCUCUGUAUAAGGUCACCAGCACCUAAAAGUCCAGGAGAGGUCGUCAGAGUUGAACGCCCAUACUGCAUUUACGGAAGUCCAGUAUGAUUUCUUUUGUUUUUGUUGUGUUCAGUGUCAAGUGGUUGUCUGACAACCAUACUGACAGUCCUCAUCUCUGUAGGUUAAUACAUCUCCUCCUGAGAUGAAGCCAACAAUGGUGGUAUCAUCAGCAAAUUUGAUGAUGGAGUUGGGGGGUGGGAUGAUGUGCAGUCAUGUGUGUGCACGGAGUACAGUAAGGGACUCGGUACUCAACCUGGUGGGAAGCCCGUGCUGAGUGUUAUGAUAGGGAAGUGGUGUAGGCUAGAUCUCACAGAUGAGGGCAGUCUGUGAGAAAGUGUUUUAUCCCCCUGUAAAUGGAUGUGGACAGUACAAGGAGGGAGAGUUUGUCGAUCAGAAUGUCCGGGAUAAUGGUGUUAAAGGCUGAACUGUAGUCGAUGAAUAACAUCCUCUCAUAGUUACCCUGGUGGUCCAGGUGGCUCAGAACCAUGUGAAGAGCUGUUUAUUGUUGGCUUUGUCUCGAACACAACAAAACCCAUCAAAUUAAAAGCAUCAAAAUAUAAAAAAAAGCAAAACAAUUUAACAGUCUCAUCCAAAAAUAAAACACACAGCAAAACAAUGUGUUCGAGAGGGAACAGGAGGAAGCAGAACGCUUAUUUAGUCCUGUCCCUUCCUCACAAUAUCAUAUCAUAUAUGCCAUAUAAAAAUUUUAAAAUUAAAUACAACACAAACAACCUAUCGCUAUGGCGAUGGCAUCCUCACUGGGUCUGUUUGCUCUGUACGCAAACUUGUGAGGGGCUAGUGUGGAAGGUAGUUGGGCUUUGAUGUGCUGCGAAGGACCAGAGUGACUGUGGUUGUCUCAUCACUCACAUUGUACGAUGUGAGACAGCUGAUUUGGCUGACUGUUCUCUCUUCUCUGAGAUGCAAUCGUGCAGUGGUAAGGAAUCUUGACAGGGUGCUCAACAGAGGGUUUAGGCUACAGGAUCUCACAGACCCAGAGUUUUAGUCACUAUCAGCGCUUCUGGACUCUGUUAUGGACCGAUCAAUAUGAACAGGGAUCAAUAUUGCAGAAUAUGGAACAUUUAAGGAGCAACAGCAGUAUUACUGGAAGGGUUUUAUUUCAAGUCUGCAUGCUGUGUUUUACUGAGGAUCAGUCCAGUUGUGUUCAGUGUGACUCAAAUCGAUGUGAUUUCUGCAGAUGCAGAUGAUGAACUUGUUAGUGUUCUGUUAACAGAAAUGUGCUGUGUUUGAAGCUUUUGUUUUAUCACCAUCCUUUUUAAGGUGUAGUCCAAUGGUAACUUAGCAUAAAGCCAAGUAAAAGCAACCACACAAGUAUUGUACCUACUGGACCUUCCACCAUAUUGUAGAUUCCGUUUAUUACUACUUAUUACUUUUUUGUUGUGGGUUUGUCUCUGCGACGCUCUUUUUCUGCCGACUGUAGCCGGCAGUGCUGAACUUCUGAUCACAUACAGUAUGCUGUUGCCCACACGGACGUGACAUAUACUGAGUGAGGUGUGUAUCAGGGUAAGACAUACAUGUGCAAAACUAUAAACCAGGUUUUACACUGGAGUCAUGUUCAUGUCUGCACCUUCACACACUUUUUACACAUCCCACUGUGCCAACAUGGGAACAGUACAUGCACUUUUGGCACUUUUCCACUAGUACAUACUCGGCUCUACUCAUCUCAGCUCCACUCAUCUCAACUCGGCCUGGUUUCUUUUCCAUAACAAUUCAGCACCUGGAGCAGAAGUAGGCGGGGUUGGAGCGAAGCUGCUGUGAUGUAUUUGAUUGUGUGAUCUAAACGAAGACAACACCAAAAAAAAAAAAAAAAAAAACAACACUAAAGAUGUAGAACAUGGAGUAGAUGGUAGAUGUGCUGCUUGGAGUGUGGCUUGUGUUUGAUAUCAAGUAAAAAAAAACUUUAAAAUUUUUUUUAAGUUCGUCUCGGGGCUGCUCCGUUGGUAGCCGUGAGCAGCUAUGAAGUGACAGAGCUCCUGGUCCUUAUCGCCCGUCUAGAUCCCUUUUUAAUUCUCUCCUCAGCCACAAGGUUUAUGAACAUCUGCACCUCAGAUCACCAAACAGACUUUUGCUGCCAUUGACUGUCGAAUAAAAUGAACAAGAAGCCGCGAGUCGCUCUUUCGCUGAUGUCCACAUCCUGACUCAGACGUCUGACUCCCAACCCCCGACCAAUCGGUUGCGUGUAGUGCGAUGACGUCAGAUACAGCCCGACUCAGCCGCUAAGAACCUCGGCAGAGUAGUUACAGAAAAAGUAUCUACUCGGCACUCCCCUGGUGGGAAAGCGCCAAACCGAGGCAAGGCGAGUCGGGUCCAGCUGAGUAGGUACUAGUGGAAAAGCGCCAUUUCACACAUGGACCAUACAGUUUCCACUUACACAUGCAAUUUAUGUGAAUAAUGACAAAUGACAGUGUUAAUGCCAGAUGUAUAAACCUCAAACCCUUGUGUGACUUCUGGCAAGAAUGAAAUCUACUUUUUUCCCCCUGGGUAGUGCACCGUGAUCUCAGUAGGAAAUAUUUCUGCAAGUGACUGCAUGUAAGCUGUUUUAUCAUUCUUUCUUUGGGCCUACCAUCAUAACCAUACAAUUUUAUCCUCAUCAAUAAACAAGAGAGCAGAAAUGAGUGAACAUUCUCAUGAGCACGAUGACGAUUACAGAGUGAUGAUCUUCUUUGGAUCCUGAAUGAUAGUUUGUAAAUUGCUGUGAAAGAUGAUUUUAAAAGUCUGCAUGCAUGCUAGAGUUGCUAUUUCUUGUGCUUUGCUUCCAUUCAAUCUCAUUUACAAAGUGAUGGGUUGGUUCAGUUACAUUUUCUUUUGGGAUUGUGUUGGGGAACGAUCGCCACAUUAAAAUACUUGGUCCUUAGUUUACCACUGUUUUUCAUGUUCAGUGUGUUCCUUAUUUGCUUCGGAGGCUCAUGAUCUUUAAAUUAGGGAAUCCAUGUUGAAUAAAAUUUUAG